ACUGCGCUGAUGUGUGCAUGCAGCGGACCUGAGGGGGCAAGUGGAGGCGACAUAGCGUGGGAGUGAGCGUGCCUACACGAGGAGAUGCUGCAGUACAAGAUCAUGGUUGUGCGUGGGAAAAGUGAAGAGGCACAGAGCUUUUCCAGCUCGAGCAUCCCUUCUACACAGGACUGUGUAUGUUGUAGGUCAUGACUAACUGGUGCAUAGGGGCGCCUCUCGCGGAUGGAUGAGACUCGAAGAGCAGGGUGUUUUAUGUCCGUCAGCAGUCAAUUGUGGUACAUACCGGCGAAACUCCCUGGUCCUGGCCAGUGUGGUAUCUGGCAUGCAGCCAUAUGUCAUGGUUCUAUGGCGUAUGUAUAUUCAGGUGGGCUUACAAGUUGGCUUACAGGUUACGCUGGCAGCAUGGCAACGAGGACGACCAGCAACCUGUCCCAAGGCGGCGAGGACAGAGGUCCAGCAGAGAGAGGGGAACACAGCGACGCUUCCUCGGGCGGACUCGAGGCUUGCACCAAGGCAGGAUAUGCGAGCAUCGUCCUGUUCUUUGAUGGCUGCUCUGGUCAAGAGGGAGCUGAGGCGGGAUGGAUGAGGGGUCCAGGGCUUAUCGGGGCUAUCGAUUGCGGGGACGGAGAAUCGAUAGGCUGCGAGACGACGAAAACUACUGGACGAGCUCGGCAGGGAGGCAUCGAGGCUGGGGUGCAGGUGAAAGAAGAGGUUGUUGGGCAUGUCCUUUUUUGGAGCCUUCUGUUCAUCCCGACCCGUGGACGUUCGAGAUGCUCAAAGGGGGAGAAGAGUGGAGCACGCCAGUGUGCCACCCAGCCGCGGCGGAAGAGGGCUGCUCCGUUGAAGGGGUCGCGUCGCUCUCAUGAGGGAGAAGGGCUCUCCUCAGUCGCCUUCACUGAGAGUUGACCAUCUGGUGUGGUCAUGUAUUGUGUUGGUGUUGAGGCCACCACUACUCUCGACAAGUGUGUCUCCUG